UAUUUUUAUUUUGCGAUUUAGGAACGGUUGCAACCAAAGAUUAUUGAGACCAUUGUGGAGAUAGAUGAAAGUAUAGGAAAAUAUCCAAUCGUUAACAGUGGUGAAGAAAGGAAGAGAGAGGCGGAGAAAGACGCAGGAAGAAAGCAAAGAAGGUGUUGGUCGUCGCAGUUGCAUAGACGCUUCUUUCAACACCUAGGUGGAGCUCAUGGUGAGUUUCAAUAUUCAUAUAUGAUUUUUUUUUUAAAUUGAUCUUUGGGGUUCAUGGUAUUCUAGUUAGUAUAUUGAUUUUGGUUCGAUUUGUAGUAGCUACGCCAAAACAAAUCAGAGAGUUAAUGAAUAUUGGUAGAUUAACAAAUGAUGAAGUCAAAAGCCAUUUACAAAUCCUACUAAACACAUGCAAUUAUUUUAGUAGGAUUUGUAAAUGGCUUUUGACUUCAUCAUUUGUUAAUCCACCAACAUUCAUUAACUCUCUCUGAUUUGAUCUGAGGAAAGCAGAUUAACAGGUUCACUUCAAGCUGCUGGUAAUUUCACCAAAUGCCGAUCUGCAACAUAUGCAAUGUUGCAGGAAGGAAACAGUAAGAUAACUUUAUUAAUAUAGCUGAACAUCGUUGGUCAAUGUCAAGUUUCUUUAUCUCUUAUGUAUUCAGCUUUGGUGCGUUUUGUUAUGUACAGAGAAAUGUCCUUAUAAGCAUUGUUCUAUUGGAUCAACAUUCACACCUGAUCUACAAGGACAUUUUUUGGCGACAUCAAAUUUCUACUACACGUCCAUGGUAUAAUAUAAACCAAAAACUCAUAUCUGCAUGGUUGUUUUUUUAUGGAACAUUGGUCGACUAAUGUUUAUGUAUGAAUCAGUUCUUUGAGUUGGAUGAAAAAGAUUGGCUAGCUGAAAUGAUUCCAGCUGGAAAGAGGUACUGUAAAGAAAAAUGGUCGGAACUGAAAAAGAGUAUUGAUAUGCUAUUUACAAAAAAAAAGAAGAGUAUUUGCUUGGGUACUGCUUCUCAUCAGCAUAUAUUAUCUCAAUGCUUCACGAUAGUCUUGGUUUUGCUCUUGAUGAUGGAAGGUAAAUAUGUUAUCACACAAAUUCAAGAACGGUCUUAACAAUCAAUGUUGAAUUUUUAGGUUUCGAUAAAUAAAAUAAAACUGUGUUUGUUUUGUCUUUGCAGAAUUGAGUUUGCGAGUAAAGCAGGAGAGAAAGACAUACCACUAGAAUGGGCAUUAGGAGCUUUUAUCUUGAAAACUUCCUCAGCCACUUUUGACUACGCUGAUUUAUCAAGAAAAAUGCUUGGCUGAAAUAGCGUAGCAAAAUAAAAUAAAAAAAUAUGAUAUUGAUAUGCUAUAAAAUAUCGUGUUUCGAAUCAAACACGUUAAUUGUGUUAUGUAUUUUACGUUAAAGUUGUGUUUGGAACUGUUGUCGAAUUAUUGGAAAUGCCAAUUAUAGUUUCGACAUUGUAACUUUUAAAAAGAAACUUUACUUUCUUUGAACGAUCCAAAAGUCUAUAACAAAACAAAGGAUGACACUAACGAAAUCUCAUAACAAAAGUGUCCGUAAUUAUUAUUAUUUUUUUUUUAAGUGUGUCGGUGAUUUUUCUUUUUGGUUUUGGAUUAAAACUUGAAACCCCCUCUAGAUAAGUCAGAAGGUUUAAAAGUAAAAGGAAAUAAAUACAAACCAAACCUCAUCGAUCUCGUGUUCCUCUUCUCCGAGUUCGACUUCGCCUCUGUUCGUCUAGGGUUCUUCUUAUCGACAAUGCAGAAGCUUGACCUAAUUAGGGAGAAUCUAUACCUCGGCGAUAUUUGUGCCGCUGCUGAAGUUCUCAAGAAUGGUAGCUCCGAAAUUUCGCACGUUCUUACAGUUUUACACUGCCCUUCCAUAUCUGUGUUCGAGGAAUGGCGCAACGUGAGACUAGACUCAAAAGAAAUCAAGGAAGUGUAUGUUGGUGAUGAUGAUCAUCAAGGCAGAGAGUUUGCGGCAGAGAGUGCGUUGCCAUCUGGGAAUCUUCUAUAUUCACUUGAACAUACUGGCAAAGAUCUCAAGUUUACUAGAAUGGCUGUGUUUGCUUACGAUCAAGAAUGGGAGAAUCUGCUUGAUUUUUUCGAUAUUUGCUUGGAUUUUAUUGAUGCUGGCCGCAAAGAGAAAGGUGUUUUAGUUCAUUGCUUUGCAGGAGAAUCUCGAAGUGCUUCUAUGGUCAUUGCGUAUCUUAUGAGGACCGAAAAGCUUUCUUGUCAAGAUGCGUUGGCGUCACUGAAGCAAAGUGCUCACGCUAGACCCAAUCUUGGCUUCUUAAAACAGUUGGAUUUGUUUGAAAGAAUGAACUUCAAAGUUGACCGUUCCAGCUCUAUUUACAAGCAUUUCCGUCUAAAGGCUUUAGGUUAUUUAUACAGCAAAGAUAAGAGAUUUGACAAACUAAAGUUAAGGGCUGAUCCGAGAAUGUCAAAUGAGGGUAGUGGUAGUACGUUCCAGUGCAAGAAAUGCAGGAAUGUUUUGUUGCUUCAGAAGCAAGUCAUUGAUCACACUCCUGGUGAGGCUGAUUUAGAGUUUGAUGACAUGUUUAAAAACAUGAUGGGAGAGGUUCACAACAAGAAUCCUGGUGAUCAGAAAAAAUGUACUUCUAUAUUCGUAGAGCCUCUCAGCUGGAUGAAUGAAGCUGUGGAAGAUGAUCUGCCUGAAGGAAAGUUACUGUGUCCCAAGUGUAAAGCGAGACUUGGAAGCUUUGACUGGUUAGGAAGUUUUUGUAGCUGCGGAAGCAAGAUUGUUCCGGCGUUUCAACUUCAGAUGAGCCGUGUGGAUUGUAUCCCUGUGAAAGCUGACGUGAAGAAGAAGAAGAAGAAUAUGAAGCAUGAGAAGAAAAUAGUCUAGAAUGUUGGAGGAGAAAUCGCACUUCAAUGCGCUGAUGAUUUUAUUGGAGUUUGUAUUAGAACUUUGGGAUGAUGACUGUAACAAAAAUUAAAAUAAAGAAGACAGGAUGAUUGAUAUAAAAUUGUAUAGUUCUCGUAUGUGUGUUUUAACUUUUUUGCUUAAUCAGAUCUAACCAAUAUAAAACCCUUUUAAAAUAGUCUAAUAACUUUUAGUUGAUG